UGCUCGUAUAUUUAUGAAUGGCUGGGCCUUGGGGGAAAAGUUGCAGAACAAUGAUGCCACACUGAAGGGCUGAUUUUUAUACGGGAGGGGGUGAUGGUGGCGGCGGCGAGGGCAGUUUAUUCUCAAGCGUUGGGGCUUGGUACAGAGAGUGGCGAGAGGUCUUGCUGGUCCUUUUGCGCGUGAGAGUCAGAGGACAGACUGCCGCCGGCCCCGGACCUGUGGAGCGCAGACAUCUAUGCAGAACCUGCCACCCAGGAUUUAGAGAACAGCGCGAGGAAGUGGGGACUGCGAGGCAGCAGGAGCCUGGUGCUGAGGCUGAGCAGAAGGCCGUCAAGCUGUCAGGGUGUGAGUGAACACCCUCUUGUGGAGCCUCCAACAAGCUGUCCUGCAGAGAUUCUGUUUGUUUCAAAAUAUCGUUUUAAGAAUCUGUGUUCCUCUCAGAGGUCUAUGGUUCAACGCUGAGCAGAGACCAUGUGGUGUUUGGAGCUGCUCUUACCUGUGCUUUUGAUCAUCCACGAUGCCGACUCUCAGUGGAACGUUUGGGUACCUCGUGACAUCUCGGCCAUGACGAACUCCUGCGUGGUCAUCCCAUGCACCUUCAUGUAUCCGUCCAGCAUCAGGCCGUACCGCGGCAUCCAUGGGAUCUGGUACUUCGGCCAGCCGUACCCUCAGCUCUUCCCCCCUGUGGUUUUCAAAUCGCGCACGGAUGUUGUUCAUGAGAGCUACAAGGGCCGCACCAAGCUGCUGGGUGACCUGAACCAGAGGAACUGCACUCUGCUGAUCGGCAACAUCGGUGCAGAGCAUUCUGGGAAAUACUACUUCCGUGCCGACCUUGGUGGAGCUAAUAUUUAUACUUACCCAGACUUUGCAGAGCUGAAAGUUUUGGACCAGCCCACCAUCGACGUGCCUGAGGAGAUCGUCAGCGAUGAGAACCUGGAGCUGACUUGUUACGUUCCUGAUAACUGCCCGGACAUGACGCCUGAGAUCCAGUGGAUGUACACCGACUACUUACCCGACCCAGAGUUCAGCUCCGACUAUGUGGAGGAGAGCAACACGGCGGUGAUGUCCAGCACUCUGGCGUUCGUUCCCAGACCGAUGCACAACGGACAGCUGCUGGGCUGUAGAGUCUACUACCCCAACACCACAUUGGUGUACGAGAGGCUCAUCUCACUAGACAUCAAGUACGCUCCACGCUCCGUUUGGGUGAACAUCUCCUCCGAGGUGAUGGAGGGCAGCUCUGUGACGCUGCACUGUGAGGUGGAUAGCAACCCUCCUCCCAGGAUCUCCUGGAUGUUUGGAGACCAGGAGCUUCUGUGGGACACGGCGUCCAACGUCUCCCUCUCUCUGGAUGAUGUGACCCCUAAAAGCGAGGGGAUUUACACCUGCGUCGGAGACAACGGCUAUGGAGUCAUGAACACCUCUCUGUACCUGUCUGUCAGAUAUCCUCCACGUGAGCCUGUGGUGAAUGAAUCCUUGACGGUGCAACAGGGCACCUCUCUGGCCCUGCACUGCAGCACCCAGGGUAACCCGGCCCCCACCCUAACCUGGCUGAAGGACGGAGAGCUGGUGGGGACCAUCACUGCUGACGAACUGUCAGUGCUGGAGGUCAUGGAAAUCACACCCCAAGGAGACGGACAGUACCGCUGCUUGGCUGAGAAUGAACACGGACGAGCCAGCAGCUCCUUUAACAUCACUGUAGAGUACCCCCCAGUUCUUCUGGAGGAAUCAAAGUGCACAGUAGUGAGGGAGGGGGUCCAGUGUGUCUGCAUGGCAACGGGGAACCCCGAGUUCUACUUGGCUGACCUGAACAUCACCAUCAACGAAACCGACAACCGCUACAACUUCUACACGCACACGGACGGUCACAUGUCCACUGGCAUGAUCAAACUCCGGGAGAAAGGCGAGCGCGUCAACAACGGCGGCCCUGCCGUGAACGUCCACUGCAGCAUUUCCAACAUGUACGGAAGAGAGAGCGUGCUCCUGGAGCUGCAGCAGGAAAAAAAGUACAUGAUGGCAGUCAUCGUUGGCACCAUUGGAGGGGUAGCGGUCAUAGCCUUCAUCAUUGCAGCAGUCAGAUAUGUGGGCCAAAACAACAAGAAAGAGAAUGGCAACCCUAGGCAGGACGUGGUCCUGGAGAACCCAGCUUUGUUCUACAGCGCAGUCAAGAAGGACAAACAAAAUCUGAGGAAGAAAGUGCUUAAGACAGAGCUGUUGGGCUCAAAGUUUAACUCCAUUCUAGAGGAGACUACGGGAGAAGACGGGGAUUUCCAACCUGUGGGCCCUAUGGCAGGACUGGAGAGGCAAGAGCUGAAUUAUGCUGCUCUGGAGUUUAUCGGGGUCAGGCCCAGGGAGGGGGCCCCAGGGAGGGGGGAUGACGGCGGCAACUAUAUGGAAAUCAAGGCCAAAUGAAUCGCGAUCCUUCCCUGAUCCCUCGGCGAUGCGAGAUGCAGUGGCAGCCCCGAAAUUCAAACAUCCUUUGCAUCAUAAACUGUGUAUUAACCUUUUUUCCUGUACUGGAAAUAUCCCCACACAUAAAGACUCUAGUCUCUUUUUUAAAUUUAUGAUGUAAAAACCUACAGUACCUUUCCAACACUUGUGCCCUUCGUCCAUGAGAACUGCCUCUAUUCCGAUUCUAUGUGAAUUUUCAGAUUCAAAAAUGAUUUAACCUUAAGGCCGAGUCAUUUCAUCGACGUCAUGUCAAGCCCGACUUGAGUAUUUAUUGCCUUUGCCCGUUUGAUUGUCAGUUUCCCUCCGUCUUGUAUCUGUCACUGCGUCUGCUGCGAGUCGAAGCAUCGGGGCAGGGAGUAACCGAGCUUUUUGUUUUCUUACCUUCACACGCAUUUGUCAAACGAGAGCAAACUCUCUUUGUUUUUGGGUUCAAAGAAGAUAACCAGCAGAGGCGAAAUGUUGGAACGCUUCUCUGGUGCAUCUUCUUUUCCACAUCCGUGUAUUUAAUAUGUGCUGUGAUUCGGUGGCCUCUCAUAAUAAACAGAGAAAAACUCAUCAUCUCUUUUGAAAGUUAUUGAGGAAAAGUGUGUACGGCAGAAUUUCUGCUGCAUUUUCUCACUGGUUUUUUUUUUUCUCAGAGACAAAAGCACAACAUACCCAUACAAGUGUGCAGAUGUGUUCUCAUUUGGAAACUGUGUGUGUGUAUGUUCAAAUUGUGUUGACAGAUCAGUGGAUACUGAUCAGGGGAAGUUCACAGGACUCACAUGUCUGAAGGACAUCAAGUCAUGCUGACUGUCCAGCUGCUUAUGCUAUUUCUACAACAUGGGUCAAGUCUGUCAUUAAAGCUUACUAAUAGCCUAACCUGAUUAUUGUAACUUGAUUGAUCUGUAGUGUAUGUAUAUGAAGAGGGAUUGAAGUGUGUACAGAAAAUAUCCUUCAACACAUUUUAAUUUUUUCUUUUUUGCUCGUCAGGCUUUUAUUUUAUUUUUGAGAAUUGGAGAAAAGCCUGCAUGACAAGUUUUUAUUUUUAUUUUUUUCAACACACUUUUAAGCAACUCCAACUGACUCAUUUCCUCAUUCAAGUCCAGGAAGUAUUAACCAAAUCUUCAAACGGAAAACCAGAGGAGAUACUUAUAAAAGACUAGAGAAAGUAAAUAGGAUGUUAAAUGUGCAAGCUGUUUCAUGUGGAAUUCAGUUAAGUAUGAAACCAGAGCCAUGAAAGAAAUAAAAAUCAAAGUUAUUACGACAGAUUAUUUAGAUUUUCCUUUUGACAGACUGGUGACCUGGCUUCACCCAACAGUAGCUGGGUUGGCCCUGGUGACACAAGAAGGGAUUCAGCGAGUUCUCAAAAUCAAUAAAUGGAUUGUUUAGUUUUUUUAAACAAUGUUUACGUUUGAGCCUUUUCUCCUUAGAAUAGCUUAUUUAGACGCAGUUUGAGUGGAAAAGACUGAAGUGGAUCAAAUCUUUUUCCAGUCAUUUGUUGUGAUUCCAAGACAAAAAGAGAGAAAGGGAAUGAAAAAGGAAGUUACCAACCCCCUCCACACCAAGUUUAUUGUCAAACCAUUUUCUAACUUUAUUCUUAGUCUUUUCUUUGUCUGAAAUGUAAAGCCUUUUUAAAUCUGUUUUAUCAAUUUCAUUACAUCUUUAAUCUGUUACCAUUAUUUUUUUGAUUGGCAAACUGAUGGAUCCACGGUUGGACUCAACCAAGCUCUCACUUCUCUUUGUCCCGCCCAAUCGCUCACUUCUAUGAUUUGGUAGCCUAGUAAGUAAGUAAUCAAAAGCAAGUUCUUUACAUCUUCUUAAUUUACCUUUGUGAACUUUUCUUUUAAGUUAUUUUCAAUAAAUCUCAUAUUUCUGA